CAGGCUGACUGUCACAUUGUAAUGACCUGUUGUCUCUUUUAAACAAAUCAGAGUGGAAAGAGGACAGCUCGCUGCACACACUCCAACUAACAGGGAGAAGAUGAUCCGCAUCCUUCUGUUUUUCAGCCUGACCUCCUCUGUCUGGACAUUUGGUGUGGAAAAUGUCUAUGAGGCAGACGAGGAUGGUAACAUCACUUUCAUAUGGGACAGUCAGCUCCAAACUGAUGUGUCUCUCUCCACUUUAAUUUGUUCUUUCCAGUCCAAACCUCCAAAGGUUUUAUUUGUAAUCAAAAAAGGUGUUGAAGCACCAAAGUCUCAGCACGAGCAGUUUACAGGACGGGUUCAGAGUGACAAAGAUGCUCUGAGAGGAGGACGGAUCAAACUUCAGCUGUUCAGAGUCACAGCUGGAGAUGCAGGAAACUACAGCUGUGAUCUGAUGAUCUGGAAGCUCCUGACCUCUGUAACUUUUAUCGUGGAUGUGACCUCUCAUAGUGAGAGCAGCAUUUAUGUGUCUCCAAACACACCAAAAUAUGAACCAGGACCUACUAAAGCUGCAGCUAAACAAAGAGAACGACGACUGGACAUGAUGCUCGCCUACGCUCAGGCAGUUAUAAUACUGACAGCAGCAGUUUUAUUCUUUCUGUGGGGACUGUGGGAGGCUGUUACUGUCGAGGCUGAAAUAAGAAGGUGUUACAGAUCAACACCUGGACAGAUGUUCCCUUAUUGAUCUCCUUAAAGUAUCCAGAGGACAACAUUUCAUAAUUGAAUGGUAACAUGAACGGGUCCUGAGGGGAACUUUUCUGAGCAUCAAAGUGCUUUUGGAAGAUAUGAACUCAUUUAGCUGAUUAAGUUUCAUCCUCAACUACAACUGCUUCAGAUGUGAGUGGACACGUAGCAGCAUGAAAACUGAUGAGUUUGUCCAUCAUCUCUUCUUCUUUCUCAACUCAGCAGAGAGACAAAGAGAAGGAAUGAAAGACUGAUUCUCAGAUAAGAGUUAUCGUCAUCUUUAGUCACCCACACAAACCUCACAACAAGCUCAGUGAUCUACACCACAGUGUGAGGAACACAUUUUUAUUUGGUGUAUUUUUUAUUUAACUUGGAAAAAAAAUGAACUCAAACAAGUUAGAAGAUUGCAUCAGAUUUGCUGUAGUGGUUUGUGUGCACAGUUUGUUGUAUCUAUUUGAGACUGCACAUUUAAAACUCUAUUUAUCAGUGUGUUUGUAAAAAUAUGAUAUAAAGUGUGUGUAAUUCCAAUUCUGAUUCCAAUAAAUGUCAUGGACCCCGUGUUUUGUUUUUGCUUAAUUUUGUCUGUCCUGUUCUGGGGUUCGUUUGGUUGUGUUUUGCUUUCUAGUUCCUUGUGUUUUCCUUUGUCAGGUCUGCUUCAUUGUUUUCCUGCUGUGUGUGCUCCCUGCCUGGAUUUAUGGUUUUGCUUCAGUUCAGUCAAGUGUUUUUUUUUUUG